AACAUUCCCCCCCCCCAAAAAAAAAAAUAAGCACGUGCUCUUUGAGGCUGGGAGAGGGAUUUGUGCCGUGAGCAAGGGCCAGGUCGACAAAUUAGGCAGUUCGAGUUUCCGUAUAUCUCCCUUGCUUCCCUCACCUAACACUGCACCCAUGGCCAGCAAAUGCUCAAACGGCAAGAGCUUUCCUCUCCGCGCUGGUAUUCUGCUCAUCUCAGAAAUUGGCCUGCUGUCCUUCACCCUGGCAACCUGGCUUCUCAUUUACUCUCUGAGAAGAGCAUACCGCAAACGUGCUAGUGGAUUGGAUCCCGGCUCCAAAUUUGGACUCCAGCCCAUAUCAGUGUUGUUUCUUCAAGGUAUAUCAAAUAUUAUGUCCGUCAAGUGGGCAUUCGAGGGUGAAGUCACCGAAGGAUCGUACUGCACAGCGCAAGCUGUGAUGAGACAAAUCGGCAAUGACGGCGUUGCGUGGUUCACCAUGGCAAUCGCAGCGUUGACCUACCUCCAGCUUUUCCACCUCAAUUUGUUGGGGGAGCGAGGCGCGAAGAUCUUUGCGGCAGCAUCAAUUUGCUUUAUCGCCGUAUUCAUCAUUCUCAUCGUGUCGAUACCUGCUUCCACCCUCCAUCCAUAUUAUGGCAACACUGGAUUAUGGUGUUGGAUUGUCAAGAGGAAGGAAAAUUCGCGACUCCGCAUCGCAAGUGAAGAUGCUUGGAUCUGGCUUGCCGUCUUGGUGGCAAUAGCUGUAUAUGGUCUAAUUGCGUACAGAUGGCGACAAGAUAUGUCUCAUAACUAUGAUAACCCCGUGAUGAGGCGGAAUGCCAUUACUAUGGGAUGGUAUCCUAUUGUUUAUUUCAUGGUGGUUGCACCUCAAUCCGCAGUUCGUUUCCUUCAAUUCCGGGCGAACCAGCCAGGCUACGGUUGGACGGUCCUCACUUCAGCUAUUUUUUCCUCUGGUGGUGCUCUCAACGUCAUUCUCUGGCUCAGGACAGGUAGACACUUCGGGUGGACCUCGUGGACCCAGGGGUCUCGGUCCCCCAGAGACAUUGAGUUGCACCUCGUGCAGUAAACUGUGGCGGAGUGGAUGUCAGUCGAGUGUAUUACCAAGAGUACAACCCAGACCCGAGUCAAUAAUGACCAGCAACAACUGUUAGCCGCGAGUUCGGCGUUCAUGACUAGCCCCACCGUGCAUGGACCGGUGACUAUUAGGUACAGAGGUUAGAUGUAGGCGCUGGCCACAUUCCUUUCUGGUUACUAUUUAUGGAUGGGUUCGCUGGAUUGCUUUUUGUAAACUAAGAAAUAAUCACCGAGGGUCAUGAUCUGAUUGGCUCGGCCCGAAGCCAGGUUAUGAAUCAUUUUGAUUGUUCCAUUCAGCCUGACCAGCC